AUGAAAAAUUCAUUUGAAAAUGAUUCUGAUACAUCACAGUCUAGUAGAACUAUUAAAAAACAAAAAAAAACAAAUCUUCAAAAAAUUAUAGUAAACAAGGGUGAAUGUCCAAAAGCUCCUAUUUGGAAAGAAUUUGAUACUGGAAAAUCUAAUAGUAAAGGUGAAGUUCCUAACAACAUAAGGCAGCAUUGGUUAAUUCAA